AUGCCUCGCUUCGCUCCCUCCGCCGCGAAGCAACCCGUCGAGAAGCGCGUGGAGAGACCGAAGGCCCCCACGGGCGCGGAGUCCAUGAUGAAAGCGCUCGCGGACCGCGGCGUCGAGGCGUGCUUCGCGAACCCGGGCACGACGGAGAUGUGGCUCGUGGGCGCGCUCGACGCGGAGCCGCGCGUGCGACCCGUGCUCGGCCUGCACGAGACCGUCUGCGCGGGCGCCGUGGACGGAUACGCGCGAAUGGCGAGGAAGCCCGCGUGCACGAUCCUCCACCUCGGCCCCGGGCUCGCGAACGCGCUCGCGAACCUCCACAACGCGCGCCGCGCCAACGUCCCGGUCCUGAACAUCGUCGGCGACAUGUCCACGUGGCACCGCGGCGCGGACGCGCUCCUGGAGAUGGACGUGGAGGCGCGUUCUAUCUCACACUGGCCUUUCGCCGGCGCAUCUCUCCGCCCACCCCUCGAUUUCAAUCCUCGACCGCGUUGCCUCACAACUCCAACUGACGCCUUUGAACUCCACCCCGACGUCGCUUCGUAUGGAUUGGCCCUCAACGUGGAGGCCCUCGCCGCCGCGGUGUCUUCGCACGUGCACACGUCCACGGUCCCGGGGGCGAUGCGAUCUGACGCGAUCGACGCGCUGAAAGCGACGGAUCGAUCGGAGACGAACGCCGACGGGAGAGGACGCGUCGCGACGUUGAUCGUGCCGCACGACCGGACGUGGGAGAGAACGGGCUCGCUGCUGGCUUCCAUCAUGGACUCGGACGACGAAGACGACGUCGACGACGCGAAGCGCGCCGCGCCCGCGUCGUACGUCCCGCCCACGCCCGCGCCUCACCCCGCGCCCUCUUCCGUCAUCAACGCCGGCGACGACGCGACCGCGUUCGUGACCGCGGCCGUGCACGACGCCGUGCGAGGCGCGCUGGCGCUUAGGUGCGUUCUAUACACUGGUCCCCAUACGACCCCGUCGGCGUGGUGA